AAACGACUCCAAAAUGACAGGAAAUUCUGAUGGCUACUAAUGGUACACAAUGGCCGAGGGUUCGCUCAGGAGUUCAAUCCAAACGAAAUCAUCGGUGGGACAAGACAGUUCAAGCCUUUCGUCGUCGUCCUCCGCCCAGAUUUUUGAGUUCACGUGGGCAGAGGAGACGUACCGUCUUUCGGAUCUAACCGGACAAGAUCAAUUCCCACGUGUGGUCAACUUGGAGCCAGAUGAGGGCGUUGAAAUAAGUUAUGGGCUUCGUCCCUACCUAAAUCAACCCGUUAUCUUGAACCAGUGUGUCAGUAAGCGUGAUGUCAGUGCAAGGACGGUGUACCGUGAUAAGACAACCGGGAAAUACUUUGAGGUGGGACAGACUCUGCUUAUACCAGAUAGCUAUGAAGGUUGGUUCGAGAUUGUCCCUCCUUCGUUUGGGCGAGCAGAAUUUUACAGUUCUAUUGAACAGGUUGCCAAGGCCAUGCCCCGGAAGUUUUUCACCAGGAAUUCAGUGGGUGGCAUCAUCGUAACCAAGACUAAAACUGGUGAGACGGUUUACAAAGAACGAAAAGUUCCUGCUGGUGUGAUACUAAAAACUGACGGUCUGUUUACAGCUCAAUGGAAGACCGAAACACAGUCAGGUUUAUUUAAGCGUAAGGAGAAACAAUACGUAACCAGGGAAAUCCAAUACUUGCGAUGUUACACCCCAGAUAGACUGGAAAUCCUGAUACCUUUUGAGCACUCAGGCAAGUUUAACGCUGUUUAUGACCGCGACAAAACAACGGAAACUUCACACUCUAUCUACAGGAUGAAAGAUUUAAUCGAAAGCUGUACAUUUCCCAUGAUGGUGCGCCUGAUAUAUGGUAAAGCUCCUGUAGUGCCUUGUAUUUUUACUGGUCUCCUUGCUAUUAAAGAUUGUCAGAAACGCGACACUGUCAUCGGCAGCACCAUAGUCAAUAAACGCAACGUGCUUUUCGAGCUACCGGUUGAUACGUUUUGCAAUGUCCAGUUGUCAUCAAACGAUGAACAAUUUUCGACACUAACGGGAUUCAGAGACGCUCGGAAGCUGUGUAAGAAAUAUGCCGUGUCCUUUGCAAGCAUGAUCAAAUUGUCACCAGAUAUGGACACUGAUAAAGAGUUGAAGGAGUACACACCGAAAAAAACUUCGCAAAGUGAUAAUUUACAGUCUCUAGAUUUAAUCAAGGACAUGAAUAUCGCUGAUUCUCCGAGAGAAGAGAUGUUUGAAGCGGACGGUUCCGGUGAGGUUGAGGAAGAUAGUGGAACAGACGGUGACAAAGUGUUAGAGUUAGCCAAAGACGGAGAAAAGAAGGAAGAAACGAUGUGUUAGCUGGAUCAGGGAUCAGAGGCGCCUGCAUGCCUUUUUAAUCGUUAGGACAUAUGUGCCUUCAAACUCAAUGAUGGACAGUGGGUUUAUAGAUAGCCCCUACUCCGUGUUCUGUGAAGUAACUUGCAAGAAAUUGAUUCUAGUCACAUGAUGUAAUUCAGUUACGUAAUUUGUUCUGAUGUCGGUUAUUCCAAACUUACAUAUGAUCAAGGCACGAAGGAUCAAUCUCUACAUGAAACAAGAAGGCCAAAGAUGACAUUUUUAUACUUAUCUCGAUCUACAUUAUAGUUGAGUGUGUUGCCCUAAUUUAGUAACUGAGACGGAGUUGUCUCCCGUGGAAUAGGUGCAGUACGUUGUUUGCAUUUUAUAAUUUGUUUCUCUGAGUAAUAUGACCAAACAUCCGUAAUUAUUUUGUCACUACGAAGAAGAUAUUAUUUAAGCAGUCGACCAAGCUAUAUACUUGACUCGUUGGGGGCUUAAACGCAGACAUUACAGGAGUCAAGGCCAAUUGAUACAAUCUAUUGUUUGAACAGUCAACAGCAUAACAACUUUAUGUAUAAACUGUAAAUCUCUAAAACAAGUGGAGAGGGAAUGACUUUUUCCGGAGAGGGCAUCAGCAAGUCGCGCACAAUGGACUAAAACACUGUCUACCCAUGGUUCUGUGCCCGCUACUGCAUUUACUUCCGUUUCCUGACGUGAUCUUAUGUUUAUAUUGGUAAGGAGGAAACGUCCGAGUGUAUAAUCAUGCCACGGGGUGGAUCAAGUAGUGUUUUAGGAAGAAAGAUACAAGUUGGGCAAUUGAAAAUAUACGUGUACAUUACGUGCUCUGUGAAGUCAAUUGCAAAAAAUCGAUUCUAGUUACAUAAUGUAAUUCAGUUACGUAAUUAGUUCUGAUGCCGGUUAUUCCAAACAUACAUAUGAUCAAGGCACGAAGGAUCAAUCUCUACAUGUAACAAGCAGGCGGAAGAAGUAUUUUUCUUUCAAAAUCUAACAAUGAAUGAAUUUCAAACAUUUGAAUUCGUUUUGCAGCCUUUCUGCAAGAUCGCCAUCCAAGUUAGGCGAGGCAGGAGAUGAUUCAUUUCAUUUGGGAGAUGUACAUAUACAGUUACAAGAAAAUUCCAAAUGUUUAUUACCCCAGUGAAAUAACGUAGUAGAAAACAGCAUAAAGUGAAUAUACAACCAAGAGAGCCUGGAUAUCUAUAGUGAUCUUUGACUACUCUGGUAAAGACCGACAACACACUAUUCUGUUAAAUAUAAAACACAUACUCUAUUAAUUCAACAUAAUCAUUCUAUUAGACUAACAGGAUAUCAUGUUGAAUAUGACACUGUUUUAUGUUAUAAUGACAGAAUACAUUCUAGCAUCAUUUAGACAACAGAUUUUGCUGUUAAAAUUAACAGGUUAAUUUUUUGAGUGCACAACUGGGCCGCAGAGUCUGCAGGAAUGAGUCUGAUAAUUUCUGAAGCGCAAUAAUGACACAGCGACAAUUACCAACUUUUUCAGGCCAUGUAAAGUGUUUAUUAACUAUAUAUGCCUAUAUAGUGCUGUUUUGGUUUCGUACUUUGUUAAUUUUCCAAAUUCUUGAUUCUUGAAAUAAAAAACUUGCCU